CCGCUUAUUGCUUCUAUAUAGGUUAUAUAUAUGUGGUUUAUUUUCAUCUAAUUUACAUUGACGCGUAAUUUCCUUCCACUUUUUUGGUUGUAUGGUACAAUAUCAAAAAGUCGCUUUUGCUAAGUUUGGCUUUCUUGCUAUCCGUACUAAAAUGUCAGCUGCUGACUAGCAACGCAAGCUAUACGGUGCCUUGUGUCUGAACAAUUGAGUUUUUCAAAACAAAAAAAUAGCGCAAUAUGACUUUCCAGUGUCAGCGAGACUGCUAUAUGAAAGAGUUUGUCACAACAGUGGCUUCCUGUUGUCCUGCGGAGCUCAAACAAGACAUUAAUGGAAAAAAAGAAACAGUCCAGGGCUUCACUGUGAAGCUUCAAGACACCAUCUUAUUUCCUGAGGGAGGUGGUCAGCCAGAUGACCACGGGUUGAUCGGGGACGUCCCUGUUUUGAGGGUAACGAGGCAGGGCCAAGAUGCGGCUCACUUUGUGGGGUCGCCGUUGGAGGUAGGUCUUCAGGUACAAGUGAAGGUGGACUGGGAUAGGAGGUUUGACCACAUGCAACAACACUCAGGUCAACAUUUGAUCACAGCUUUGGCUGACACGAUGUUUGGAUACAAGACCACAUCUUGGGAGCUGGGGCGUCACAGAAGCACCAUUGAACUGGACACCCUGUCUGUAAAACCUGCCCAGUUACAAGCCCUGGAGGAUGCUGUGAAUGAGAAGAUCAGAGCUCACAUCCCAGUCGGUGUUAAGCUUCUUUCUAUGGACAGCCCUGAGGUGGAAAAGGUGAGGAGUCGAGGGCUGCCAGAUGACCACACAUGGCCAAUUCGGAUUAUCGAUAUUGAGGGUGUGGACACAAACAUGUGUUGUGGAACCCACGUGUCAAACCUCAGUCACUUACAGGUAAUCAAGCUGCUGGGGACAGAGAAAGGAAAGAAAAACAAAACCAACCUAAUUUUCCUGGCAGGAAACAGGGUGCUGAAAUAUGCAGAGAAAAGCUACAACACCGGGCGCGCGUUGGUAGCUCUUCUGAAAACUGGACCCGAUGAGCAUGUCGAGGCUGUGGACAAGUUGCAGAAAUCUGUGAAGCUUCUGCAUAAAACUAACUUGAACCUACUUCGAGACAUGGCGAGCCUCAUCGCUCACAACUUUAAGAAUGACCCCCAGAGAGGGAACUUCUUCAGCUUGCACAAAAAAGAAGGGGACAGUGACUUCAUGAAUAUCAUUGCCAAUGAAAUAAACACUCAGGAAGUUUUGGUUUUUCUGACUGUGGGAGAGGAAAAGGGGCCUGGUUUGUUUCUGCUGGCUGGACCCAGUGAACAAGUCACACAGAUGGGACCACGGUUAUUAGAGCUUCUGCAAGGGAAAGGAGCAGGAAAAAAUGGUCGUUUCCAAGGCAAAGCUAACAGCCUAGCACGAAGAGGGGAGGUGGAAGCUCUUCUUCAACAACACUGCAAUCAUCAGACCACACAGGAAGAAUAAAUCCAAUUAAUGUUCAAUUCUUUUUUUAAUUUUAAAAAGGGAAACAAUACACUUAAAAUACAUAAUUUGUUUAGCUCAUAUGUACAAGCCAAUCCCUUGUGUGCUGUGUUUUUAAUGUAAAAAAAAUAGCUUGAUGGUAGUUUUAAUUAAAAUAGAUUUUUAUACAUUCAUUUUGUUAUUUCUUACCUGCAUCCCAAAUCUGUCAGUGCUGUGCUUUUAAUCAUGAUCACUUAGGUAACCACAGCCCAUAUAGUGAUUCUUUAAAUUUACAUGUGGUAGUGGGUGGUAGAAUAUGCUAAACUAGUGCAAACACGCAAGCUUCCCAUUCCCAGCCUAAAAACAAAACUACACAGGAUUAAAAACUGUAAGAUUGUUUGGCAGUUACGAGCAUUUCCUUUGUUCUUUACAGAUUGACUCAUAGAGGCUUCACGAUCUUCAUUGAGAUGUAGUUCUGAAAAAAGUAAAACAAAAUAUAUACAUGGAACGUCAAGCAUAAAGUUGUCAAGGAAAAAUGUUCAAUUUUAUGUAUAGAGCUAUUCCGCACAAACGACGCUUACCGGUAGAGAGUACAACAGGAUGGCAAGGAAGAGGAGCACAAUGACGAGAAUGAGGAGUCCAAUGAAAAGGCACCUGAACCGUCGCCAAACGAUGAACUUCAUGGUCUUACAAGGGUUGGUGAACCAAAAGAAUGAUGUUUCAGGGCGCCUGUUGGUCAUAGAGAAGAUGUGUGACUCCAUUGGAAUGGUUUAUUUUCGCAAAUAAGGUGUGUGUUUGUUUGGUGGGCUCCUACUUGGGAGGGUCCAGUUUAGGGUUCAUGUUGGGUUCAUCCCUGCCUUUUCCUGCAGGUUUCUCAUCCACAUCUACUUCGCUUACAAUUUCCAAAGUCAUCUCUACUUUACCCUAUGGAAUGUAUAACACGAAUAAAACACAAGCAACCAAGACCGCUGACUAUAUUGCAAAAUCCAAGAACCUUCUUGAAGGCACAAACUGGAAAUGUACACUUAUAGAUGAACACAAUGUAUUACACAAUGUAUUCUCAAUUGUUUUAAGAUACUGUACAUAUUAUAAAAGUUGUGGAACAAAACAGUCAGGUUCCAAUACAAAUAUAAGCUAAAAUUAAAUGUGCAUGUCUUUUGAGUAACAUUAUUAUUUAUGAAGAGAAAAAAAUAUAUAUUUUCACCCCCAAGGCCUUCUUUCCAUCCCGCUCAAUAGCACAGGGCCACCAGCCCCUCACUGACUGCUGUGCAAACAGAGACUUGGCAGCUUCCAUCUUUUGUGGAGCUUCCAUUUCCAUGUUGUCCAUCAUGGACAAUGAACACUUCUCUGGAGUCUUCGCAGGGGGAACCAAGUUGUGCAAAUCCAACUCUAGCGUUCCUGGAAUCACAGCAACAAC